AAGAUAGAAUCAACCAAGCAUGGAAAAAUCUAAGUGUAGCUAGAAAAAUAGGGUCAAUUCACUAUAAACAUUCCCAAUAAUUCAAUUUCAACCCGACUUCGACAAUAUUCUUUGAAUUGAGAUCAGCUACAUAUAUGAUAAAUCAAUAUACAAGUAUUAGUUUUACUGGUCAUCCUCCAUUCAUUGCGAUAAUCUACAAAUUUCAAUCUGUAAAUCGAGAUUCUAGCUUAGUUGCGGGCUAGAGGACUAAAUGAAGCAUUAGUUAACCAAGCAAGAAAGAUUACACAUUAUAGCAUGGUUUUGUUGUGGCACAAAUUUCAGGUUGGAAAUUUCCCAUCAAGAGGCCGUCUUUGUUUGCAGGUAGGGUAGGCCGACGGAAGGAAAGGACUAGUUUGAGGCAACGAGAAUCAAACCUAAGAUCUUACUUGGGGAAAGUGAUACAUGCUUCAAGUCUCCAACUGAGCCAAGAGUCAAACCCGAUUCUCCUAAUAAGGCUUUUUUUGGGUUUAAAUGCAAUUUGGAGGGAAAGAGCCAUGUGGUAAGCUCAGAAGAAUUCACAUGGCUUCUCUUCUUCCAAAGUCCCCUUCUUUAAAACAAUAUAAAAACUAUGUACAUGAAAAAUCAGGUUAUGAGUUUUCCAAGAGAGAAUCCCUUUGGUGAGAACCUCAUCUUAAUUUGUUGUAUCAGACAAAAAGCCUUCACUCCCUCGUCCGUGUACCCCUAAGUUUGCUACAUUUUCUAUUUUGUCCGUCCAGUUGAUAUGCUACAUUUCGUUUUAUGUACUUAGUAGAUAAGUGUGUGUUGAAUACAAAGAGAAAAGGAACUUUUUCCCCUCUUAAGUCUUAACUCAAAAGUUCAAGUCUAUUACCUCUAUAGCACCUUGUUAGUUCAAAGUGCGUCCCCUUCAGUCUCACUUUGAACAACUUUUUCCCGUUUUCAGAAUCAAUUCUUAGGAUUUGAGUCGAGAAUCAAUAGAAAUCUUUGAAUAAAUUAUCCAAUUCCUAAACUUUUAUCAUCAAUAAAACAUUUUCUAUCAGUAGAGUUUACAAGGAAAAGAUGGCCUAUUCAUGUUUACUAAGGAACCCAUUAUCUUGGCUCGCUGUCUUAGGCUCAUUACUUGCAUUUUCUCGCUCAACAAAUUUUUGGUUUCUUACAAUCCUACUCACAUCAUCAGCUCUUAUUCUAUGUCCUGUAAUCAUCUUACGUGCAAAGCGAUGUCAGAAGAAAUCGAUAACACGAGAAGAUUUGUGUGGAACUUCAACCGAGGAGGUAGUUUUAGAAUCAAGUAGUCAAGAUAAGGUUAGCUCGGUGAAUCAAACAUCAUCAUCAGAAGAAGAAGAGUUAAAAAAGGAGAAGGAAGAUAAAACAAGGGAUACUUACCUGGUAAGAUCAUCAGUAGAAGCACUACUGUCAGACAGUGAAAGUGUUGAUCACACCACUUCAAGUGAAGAUUCAGAAGUCGAUUGGAUGUUUCGAGAAAAUCUGAGCAAUGACAGUACAAACUAUUCAGAUGGGUCGAUCUCAGACGAAGAGGGAUUGAUAGAAAUCGCGCUUCCAACAGGUCACUAUGUAGACUCACAGAGAGCACAAGAGCAACAGUCCUGGUAUGGGUUUCAGCAGAAAUGGACGGAUUGUUCGUUAGAAUCUCAUUUCAGACACCAAAAUUGGAUGGAAAUGCUUAAUGAAAUGAAUGACGAUAAUUUUAUCGAAAUCGAUCUUUGCAUGGGUUCAAUCAAGUGUUCAAGGUUUGAAAUUCAAGCAUAAUCCAAUAUAUACACACAAAACCAGUUAAUUUUUAUUGGUCAUCAUCUGCAUACCCCGCUCAUAGAAGAUCAGAUAUAUUAGUAUCGGGUUUAUUACCUUUUUUUGAUCCUUUUGAUGGAUUUUUCCUCCAUUGUUGGGGUAUCUUUGCAUUCACCUUGGAUGCCAUUUGAAGCACUAAAGUGGUCUUCCUGUUAGCAAAAUCUUUCUGUGAUUAAUUAAUUAAACUCUGACAUCUAUUUCUGUUUAAUAUUGCACACUCUUAAUCU